AUGUUUCCUAGCCCUUACUUGCUAUCUAUUCCUUCCGAGAUCUUUAUAAUUGCUUUGUUUAUUACAACCUCAUUGGCGCAAACCUGUUCCAACGACGACUCGAGAAAUGUCAUAGAUCUUCUAGAUGUUGAGCUCACAGCAAAUCCUCCGUAUUUUGGGCCAUCAUUCUGCGACCUGGACGUCGACGAUGAGGACGAUCUUAUGAAGAUAAAUUGUCAAAUUACCAUUGACAAACCCCUCAAUGACACAUGUACUGCUCCGUUGCAAGGAUACAACAGAAACAGAAAUGGAGACUGGCAGCCAAUCCUGAACCAGACACAACAACCACUUUGCGAGUUCAUGGACAAAUACUCAGCUGUUAUCGCUGAUUUGUCCAAGUAUGGGAACUUCCCCACCAAAUGUCCCAUUCAGCCCAGGAAGGUGGAGAUCCGGGGCUACUACCCUGACGAUUGUCUCUUGCCAGAAAAUAUUCCAGAAGGCAGACUCAAAUUUGAUCUCAAUAUCGAAUGUGAGUAUGACGGUGAGAUGAUGACAGUGCUUGAAGCGGAACUACAAGAGGACGUUAAGUCUGAAAGCAUGGGUGGAUCAGGUCCCUCUGCAGGCUGA